AUGGCGGCCAUCCGGGCUCUGGUGGCGUCCAGGCUAGCGGUGACCCCCGCCUUCGCGCCGCGCCCCGGCCUGCGUGCGCUGCUCCUCGGCGGACCGGCGCAGUCCCCGCGCGCGGCCCUCCACGCCUCUGCGCCGCGCCCUGCGGCCAGGGUCGCAGUGGUGCUGUCCGGAUGCGGGGUCUACGACGGGACGGAGCUCCACGAGGCCUCAUCGAUACUGGUUCACCUGAGCCGUGCGGGGGCCGAGGUCCAGAUCUUCGCUCCUGACAUCCCUCAGAUGCACGUGAUUGACCACACCAAGGGGCAGCCUUCUGAGGGCGAAACCAGGUACGGGCCCCUCCUCGUCGUCCUUGAACGUUCNGCGAGGAUCGCCCGCGGCAACAUCACCGACCUGGCCAAACUCAGCGCUGCCAACCACGACGCGGCCGUCUUCCCCGGGGGCUUCGGAGCCGCCAAAAACCUGAGCACGUUCGCCGUAGACGGGGGCGACUGCAGGGUGAAUAAAGACGUGGAGCGCGUCCUGAAGGAGUUCCACCAGGCCGGGAAGCCCAUCGGCUUGUGCUGCAUCGCUCCCGUCCUCGCGGCCAAAGUGCUCAGAAGUGUCGAGGUCACCGUGGGCCACGAGCAGGAGGAAGGCGGCAGGUGGCCGCACGCCGGGACCGCACAGGUCAUCAAAGCCCUGGGUGCCAAGCAUUGCGUGACGGGAGUGACCGAGGCUCACGUGGACCAGAAGAACAAGGUGGUCACGACCCCGGCCUUCAUGUGUGACACGGCCUUCCACCACAUUCACGACGGGGUCGGGGCCAUGGUGAGCAAGGUGCUGGAACUCGCCAGCAAGUGA